CAAUUCCUUGGCCCGAGCUCCCCGAACAGGCUUUCAUCAACUUCAGUUUUCACCUUCGAGUCUUCCGCCUGAUCAGGUUGAUAAAACAGGCGAUUCCAGAACAAGCGAUGUGGCAACCAAAAACGCAGUAGGAAUUAACGCAGAGGGAAAUAGGCAAGAGACUCACCCUGCGAUUGUUCACCAUGAUCCGGGGCUUGCGGCCGUGUCUCAGGCCAACACGACUCGCCCACACGUCUGCUCAUUCAGCAACUCACCUUAAGCGGCCGCCGGCCCCUGAUUUGGCCGACCACUCCAGCCCAAGUAGCCCGCCGCCCAUCACCCCAUUGAUCAUCACGCAGCAGGGAUUAGAAGGAUUUUGGCCGAGCAAAGAAGUCCGGCAAUUCUCAGCCCAGUACCAAGUCGUAUUCCCGACCGCACUGAGAGGACUGGCGAAGGAGCAGUUCAAAGAGUUCGGGGUACGGAUUUUGGUGUGCAACAAGCACGUCUUCUCCCUCCAUCACUACAAGUAUCUCAGCGUCUUCGGACAUGUCCUCGCCGAGAAGAUUCUCGAGUCGUACAGGCAAAAAAAGUCGAGACCGCUUUGGAUUUAUGCGCAGACGGCCUCGGUCUCAGACGGCAGCAACUGCGUAGUGCAAACCACGGCCAAGAGAAUGGUUUGGAAAGCGCUGCUCACCGCUCUGCGCGCGGUCGGCUACGACGAGACGGGCAGGAGCUUAGAUGGGGAGAGCCAACGAGUCUUGCAAGGGACGAUUCGCGUGGCGAUUUCGGCCCCCAAGACUAUUCUGAAAUCCGACUUUGAUGCUUUUGUGAAGCAUCUUAUCACGGUUCUUAAGGAGCAGGUUAUCUCUCGUCUCGACUUCUCCCAGGGAUCUCGUUCAUAAACCUUCGAGAUCCCAUCGAGUUGUGUGCCGCCGCUUGUUCUCUGCCACAAUCCGUUCAGCUAAGCAGCUAGAACGAUAGGGGCAUCAAGAGUACAGCGGCAAACAACCCGUUGGCCGAUCACCCGUCAUCUACCGAACAAUCCUGCUUCUUUUCGUGUCCCCUGAAGAGGGAAUGAUAGAAGCCCGACCUUCGCCGUGAGGUCUAUCCGUUGCCCAUCCGCCACAGGAGGAAGUACAGCGUGCCGUUAGACCCCGUCUACAGCCUGCCCGCAGCCUAGAGCCGCAUCAUCUAGGUUCAUUACAACCGAGAAGGCUC